AUGCAUGCCACAUUUGAAAAGUCAAAUGUUCGCCACAAGUACCGAAGGAGGGAAGCGAAAUGUAUAAUAGAUACCCAAGUACCUAAUCUACUGCAGAAGAUUUUCUACGAUUUGCUUAGUUACUUUACCGAAAUUCUCAUUUUACCUACGCUGAUGUUGUUGCUCUUAAAUACUACUACUACUAGAAUAAAGGUGAAUUUGGAGAGAAACUUUUAUGUAGCAGUUGCUCUUUACGGAGCUGAGCGAUUUCAGCCGUCCGUUUCGUCAUUGGACGCACCAUCUGCCAAACGAGCAGAGAGACGGAGUGAGGAGGACGACCACCGGCAACAUCCACCCCACCACAGGCGACUCCCACAAGCCUCACCCUUCACUUUCGGCGACCAUCAUCAGUUUCACCCUCCACUUCCGGCGACCACCACCAGCAAGAAAAAUCUCCUGGGCCCAACAACGACAUCACCACCGGCGCCCUUUCCGACAACCAAGUAUGAAUUUCCUAUAUAUUCCGCGAAGGCCGUGCGAUUUCGAAUGCGACAUCCCAGGUCUCCUAUUGGAAUAGGAAGUGAUUCAGGAGAUGAAUUUGACGCUGGUAAUGAGUCCACUGACAGCCCUUUCAUAUGGACAUAUACUUCACUAGAAUUCCCAAUGGCUCAGGAGAAUUGACUGCAAAAGUUCAAGCUUCCAGAACCUGUUCUUUGAAUAGGUGGAAUUGUGCAAGUAGAGCUGUUGGGUAGGGUGCAGAAAUAAGAAAUGGACAGUUUAUACUACAUAUGGUUAGUUUGUCAAAUUUUGGGUUGACCUAUAUCCUUGAUGUUGCUUUGAUUUUGAUGUUCCUACUCUGCAUGUGUGCUGCUGAAUUUGUUGCUUGUCCCUUUGUCAUUUUCAGUUUACUGGGGCUACCACUUUAUUGCUCAUGCAUCAAAUGCGUCUUAUCAGCAUUGGCAGCAGAUGGGUGGAGUAAGCAUUGGAGAUCCAAUAGCUGUGGAACUGCUCGAGGGCAUGGAAUGCUAUAAGAUGGAAAGAGAAGAAGGUUUCUGCAACUCAAACAAAGAAGUAAAGAUGCUGAAUCAUUUGGUGGCAAAGAAGAGUAAAAUGAUUUGAUAGCAAAAAAAAUGGAGAUGUAAUUAGUAGGCCUAUUUGUCCUACAAUUGAAAUACUAGAAUGUAGUCUAUUUUUGUUUUGCAAAUGAGGUUUAAACCAUUAGAGAGGAGAAUGUAAUCUUAUUUAUUUGGAUGUGAAUGAUAAUUAGCA